GGCAGCUCCGAGGGCCGCAGCCGGGGACGGCGCCACGCGGGGGCCGAGCAGACGCGGCGGCGGCGGCGGGGCGCUCCGGGGAGGCCCGGGCAGCUGAUGGUUUUGGCGAAGUACCUUAAGGUAGCUGGGUCCACCCCCUCUUCCCCACCUACCUCUUGUCCUCCCCCCACACCACCACCACCCUGGCUCCCCUCCCUCAUGACCGCCUGGAUCCUCCUUCCUGUCAGCCUGUCAGCAUUCUCCAUCACUGGCCUAUGGACUGUGUAUGCCAUGGCCGUGAUGAACCACCACGUGUGCCCCGUGGAGAACUGGUCCUACAACGAAUCCUGCUCUCCUGACCCCACUGAGCAAGGGGGCCCCAAGACCUGCUGCACCCUGGACGAUGUCCCCCUCAUCAGCAAGUGCGGCACAUACCCCCCAGAGAGCUGCCUCUUCAGCCUCAUUGGCAACGUGGGUGCUUUCAUGGUGGCCCUGAUCUGCCUCCUGCGCUACGGGCAGCUCCUGGAGCAGAGCCGUCAUUCCUGGGUCAACACCACAACGCUCAUCACAGGCUGCACCAACGCUGCAGGCCUGGUGGUGGUGGGCAACUUCCAGGUGGAUCACGCUAAGUCUCUGCACUACGUCGGAACCGGCGUGGCCUUCACUGCCGGGCUGCUCUUUGUCUGCCUGCACUGUGCCCUCUCCUACCACGGGGCCACUGCCUCCCAGGACCUGGCUGUGGCCUACCUGCGGAUUGUGCUGGCAGCCAUCGCCUUUGUCUCUCUGAUCCUCAGCGGGGUCUUCUUCAUCCACGAGAGCUCUCAGCUGCAGCACGGGGCAGCCCUGUGCGAGUGGGUGUUUGUCAUCGACAUCCUCGUCUUCUACGGCACCUUCAGCUAUGAGUUCGGGGCAGUCUCCUCGGAGACACUGGUGGCCGCACUGCAGCCUGCCCCCGGCCGGGCCUGCAAGUCGUCCGGAAGCAGCAGCACCUCCACACACCUCAACUGUGCCCCUGAGAGCGUCGCCAUGAUCUGAGGCCUGGGGAGGGUGGCUGGCCCAGCCUCCGCAGCUCCGCACCCCGUAUCUCCUUUGCGUUUAUUUUGUACCAAAAAACGAUUUUGAGAAAGUAUUCUGUUGGGACAGAGGCUUCCUCGCUCCUGGAGGAGUGGCCAUCCCACACCCACCUGUGCCAUACAGGAGCGGGCCCUGGCAGCUGCCCAAGCUGCGCACAGCCUGCUCCCCACACCACAGUGUUAUUUUUAUGUUUUAAAGGUCACAUAUCCUCAUUCACCCAGCCAGCCCUUCAGGUGCCUUCUACUCCCCCGGUGCCAAGGCCAGACCACUGGGGUUUCCUGCUGCAGGAAUUGGGGGCUGGGAACAGCAAGAGGGACAGCAGUCGGGGCGGGGGUGAGCACUCCUUAGUCUGUGGGAAGGGCCACUUCUGGGCCCACUGAGCUGCACUGGGAUUCUUCACUCUGUUCCUUUCUUUAGGGCAAAUAACACAGCAGAACCACGUGGGUAUUUUAGUACUUUUUUUUAUAUAUAUAUUAAAAGAAUUCUAAUUUGCA